UUCUCUCACGCUGCGCUGGUCACGCUGCAGACAGACACACAGACCGUGUUUUCUCGUGUCUGAGCUGCGGAGAACAGACCCAACAUGCCUGGACUUCUUCUGGGAGACGAGUUCCCAAACUUCGAGGCCGACACCACCAUCGGCCGCAUCAAGUUCCACGAUUUCCUGGGCAGUUCAUGGGGUAUCCUGUUCUCCCACCCAAAGGACUUCACCCCCGUCUGCACCACCGAGCUCGCCUGUGCCGCCAAGGUCAGCGAUGAGUUCAAGAAACGCGGCGUGAAGAUGAUCGCCUUGUCCAUAGACAGUGUGGAGGAUCACCACAACUGGAGCAAGGAUGUGAUGGCAUACAACAGUUCUGCAGAAACUUCUCUGCCGUUCCCCAUCAUCGCUGACGACAAGAGAGUGCUGUCCGUCCAGCUCGGCAUGCUGGACCCCGAUGAGAGAGACAAGGAUGGGAUGCCCCUCACCGCCCGCUGCGUCUUUGUGAUUGGCCCAGACAAGAAGCUGAAGCUGUCCAUCCUCUACCCGGCGACCACAGGGAGGAACUUUGACGAGCUGCUCCGAGUCAUCGACUCUCUGCAGCUCACUGCGCAGAAGAAGGUGGCCACACCUGUCGACUGGAAGCCCGGUCAGAAGGUCAUGGUCAUCCCUUCCCUCUCUGAGGCUGAAGCCGCUGCUCUCUUCCCCAACGGUGUGACCACCCAAGAGGUGCCUUCUGGGAAGAAGUACUUGCGCUUCACCCAGCCCUGAAGAGAAACUACAUUCAUCUGUAGUUUACAGCUCUUUUUGAAAAAUAGAAAUCUUUGAAAUGCUAAUUCUCAUGUAGAGAACUGACCAAAAGCGUUGGAUGCAUUUAUCUGGUUUGGUGACUAGAGUGAUGCAACAAACCAGGAAUAUUUGUAGUUUAAGUCAACUCUGCCUUGUUUACGUCAAUAAACCCACUUUUCACACAUGUCCUC